UGCUGACACCCCCCACCCCGUUCUCAUCCCCACAGUUUCAGAGUCUGCAGCUGGAGCGAGAGGUGUGUUUGGCUUCAAACUGCACCCUGGCCAGGGUGAACCUGUCCCUGCGCCCACGGCUGGAAGAUGGGAAGGCUUCCCUAGCCAUCAAGUACCAGGAGCUGCGGGAGAUACGAGAGGCAUGUUGGGAGAAGCAGCAGUGCCUGGAGGCGUACCUGGAGAAGUGGAGCCCACAGAGUGCCCUGGGCCAGCUCCAAGCCAAGCUCGAUGCCUCUGAGGCAGAGUCAGAGGCACAGAUGGAGCAGUUCCUGGCCCGGGACCUGCCCCUCGAUUCCUUUCUGGAGUCCUUCUGCCAGAGCCGCACACGCUCCCACAUCUGCCGGACACAGCUGGAGAAACUGCAGGAGCUGCUGCAGAAGGACCAGGUGGGCAGGGACCCUGCAGGCACCAUGGGGCACCCAGGUGCCCUAGCUAGCGUGGCACCAGCCUGCCUUGUCCCAUUGCAGAGUGGAGUAGCCCCCAAAGCCUUCAAUCUCUCCUAUGGCUUUGUGCCCGCCUUUCUUAUGCCCUCGGAAGCUGUUGUGCCCUUUGCCAUGCCAGCUGCACCUCCCAGACACCAUCUCCCAGCCCUGGGACACCAGCCAGCACCUCCCUGCUCUGAAAUCCCCAGUCCGGGCUCGCCCCUGUGCCUCGUCGGACACAUCCCCCUGCUCAGCCCCCAGCCCUUGCGCAGGCAGCAGCGGCUGCGACACCAGAAGCAGGAGUCUCCGCACCAGUAG